AUGGCGACGCUCAAGGUCCCAGCCACUGUCCCUCCCGUCGCCGAUGACUGCGAGCAGCUCCGCAAGGCAUUCCAAGGGUGGGGCACGAACGAGGCGCUCAUCAUCUCCAUCCUCGGCCACCGCGACGCCGCGCAGCGCCGCGCCAUCCGCCGCGCCUACGCCGAGGCCCACGGCGAGGAGCUCCUCCGCUCCAUCACGGACGAGAUCUCCGGCGACUUCGAGAGGGCCGUGAUCCUGUGGACGCUGGACCCAGCGGAGCGCGACGCGGUGCUGGCCAACGAGGCGGCGCGGAAGUGGCAGCCCGCGAACCGCGUGCUCGUCGAGAUCGCCUGCACACGCACCUCCGCGCAGGUCUUCGCGGCCAGGCAGGCGUAUCACGAGCGGUUCAAGCGCUCGCUUGAGGAGGACAUCGCUGCGCACGUCACUGGGGACUUCCGCAAGCUACUGGUGCCACUUGUAAGUACAUACCGCUAUGAUGGACCAGAGGUCAACACAAGGUUGGCACACUCAGAAGCCAAACUACUUCAUGAGAAGAUCCAUCACAAGGCUUACACUGAUGAUGAAAUCAUCAGAAUCCUCACCACUAGGAGCAAACCUCAGCUGCUUGCUACAUUCAAUCAUUACAAUGAUGCAUUUGGCCACCGAAUCAACAAGGAUCUGAAGGCUGACCCCAAGGAUGAGUACCUCAAAACGCUGCGGGCAAUCAUCCGGUGCUUCAGUUGCCCCGACAGGUACUUUGAGAAGGUCGCCAGGCAGGCCAUAGCGGGGCUAGGCACCGACGAGAGCGCCCUGACCAGGGUCAUCACCACCCGCGCAGAGGUGGAUCUGAAGCUGAUUAAGGAGGCGUACCAGAAGAGGAACAGCGUGCCCCUGGAGCGCGCGGUCGCCGGGGACACCUCCGGCGACUACGAGAGCAUGCUCCUCGCGCUCCUGGGGCAGGAGUGA